AAAAUAAUAACCUUACAUAUAUAUAUAUAUAUAUAUAUAUAGGCCUAUAUAUAUAUAUUUAUAUUUAAAGGGAGGGGGAGAGAAAAAAGAAGAAGGAAAAGAAGAAGAGGAGGUCGAGGAGGAGAAAAAAAAAUUGGGCUUUGGUUGUGAGUGGAAAUGAAUUGAAUGGCAGUGUGGAGAUAUCUGCCGAAGAUGGGCUCCAGAGGAGACAUUUGCUAAGAAAAUUAACAUACAAUAAGCGUGAAUAUAGAACCUUUUGAUUUUUUUUUUUUUUUUUUUUUUAAAGCACCUCUCUCUUCAAGGAAAAAUCAAGGACCACCGACCCUUUCAUUCAUGUGCAUUGCAAGGCUGGAAAUCUCACAUCCACUGUCAUAUCAAUGUUGAUGACUUCAUUGCGGAUUUACAGUGAAAAAACACAGGAAUCAAGCGUCUGAGAGGGCGGCAUCGUUGCUCUGCUCCCCCUUUUCUGACUGAUCUGUGUUGAUGAUUUGCCAGUAAAUAUCCACAUCCAUCCCUACAAGCCUUGGUGGAGCCCACCGUCUGCUAACUAACUAACUAACUACCUAACUAACCAACUAACUAACAGGUUCACAUCUGUUUUAAUUCAGCAUCUGGCAACAUAAAUGUCACCCAUUUUGAGCCAGGUGUUCCUCUGUUGGGCCAGUCUAGGAAUUUAGGAUUAAUUGAUUUCUCUCCUGAUCAACACCUUCCCUUCCUUCCUCCCUCCCUCCCUCCCUGCACCCACACCACCCAACCAACCACCCUGCCUCCCCUCUGAACCUAUCACUGGGUUUUUGGGAAGAUGGGCUGUCUUGGCAAUAGUAAGACCGAAGACCAACGAAAUGAGGAGAAGGCACAGAGGGAAGCCAACAAAAAGAUAGAGAAGCAGCUCCAAAAAGACAAACAGAUAUACCGGGCAACUCACCGGCUACUACUAUUAGGGGCCGGUGAAUCCGGGAAAAGCACGAUAGUCAAACAGAUGCGAAUAUUGCACGUUAAUGGCUUCAACGCAGAGGAGAAAAAACAGAAAAUUCACGAUAUAAAAAACAACAUUAAAGAAGCUAUAGAGACGAUUGUGUCAGCCAUGUCUACGCUCACACCUCCGUGCAAGUUAGCCUGCCCAGCAAACCAGUCCCGAAUUGAUUAUGUCCUGAACCAAGUACACCAGAAGGAUUUUGAGUUUCCUUCGGAGUUUUAUGACCAUACAAAGAUCCUCUGGCAGGACGAGGGUGUGCGGGCCUGCUGGGAAAGGUCCAACGAAUAUCAGCUCAUCGACUGCGCGCAGUACUUCUUAGACAGGAUUGAUGUGGUCAGGCAGAAUGACUACACACCCACUGAUCAGGACCUGUUGAGAUGCAGAGUACUGACAUCUGGGAUCUUCGAGACAAGAUUUCAAAUAGACAAAGUCAAUUUCCAUAUGUUUGAUGUUGGAGGACAGAGGGAUGAACGUCGAAAAUGGAUCCAGUGUUUUAACGAUGUGACAGCUAUCAUCUUUGUGGUAGCGAGUAGCAGCUACAACAUGGUGAUCAGAGAAGACAAUCAGACCAACAGACUACAGGAAGCCCUGAACCUUUUCAAGAACAUUUGGAACAACAGGUGGCUACGGACCAUUUCGGUAAUCCUCUUCCUGAACAAACAGGACCUGCUCGCUGAGAAGGUUUUGGCAGGGAAAUCUAAAAUUGAGGAGUAUUUUCCUGAGUUUGCACGCUACACUACACCUGAUGAUGCAAUACCAGAGCCAGGUGAAGAUCCACGUGUCACGAGGGCAAAGUACUUCAUACGGGAUGAGUUUCUGAGGAUCAGCACAGCCAGCGGGGACGGACGGCAUUACUGUUACCCUCACUUCACCUGCGCCGUCGACACAGAAAACAUCCGCCGCGUCUUCAAUGACUGUCGCGACAUCAUACAGCGGAUGCACCUACGGCAGUACGAGCUCUUGUGAUGGGCGGUGGCCAUCCGGUCUACUUAUCUACCUACCGACCUACCUAUC